AUAUUCUGUGGCAUAGCUACAAACAUGGCGUCAUUCGUCAACAACAACAAAACACACGAGGAUGUGAUAUUAUCUUUAUUUUAUCAGUAUUUUCUUGCUUGUGUAAUAAUUUAUUCACUUUUAACCAUUUUAUAAUUUUUUAAAUAAAUUUUGAAUUCAACUUUCAUACAUCUCCUUACCAAAUGAUAUUGGUAGUUUUUCAAUAUGAGCUUUGAGUUUUUUUUCAAUAGAUUGACUAUCAAUCCUCCCCCCGGUUCUCUCUUACAAGUUAAUUUGUAAAAACCCAGAGGAUGUUGCUAAGAAACUGAAGAAGAAUCUGUCUACAGCAUUGAGUGUCCUCAAAAAUCAAAGCUGUCUACAGGAUGAAGCCGCCUUAUUAUCCAGAUUGAUUUAUAAAUUCAGUAAUAAAUUGAGAAAUGAUAAAGGUUUCAGAUCAAUGGAAAAAGUGAACCGCGGUCUACUACAAUACUUGAAUCUGGACAUUGUUACAAUAUUUGAAACUGUGGAAAGACAAAUCUGUGAUGAGUUCGGACCGACGCGGCAGCUUCUGGAAUGGCUGCUGGUCAGACUGCAAGGCUUUGCUAAGCUCUUUGAUUUCAUUCAGCUGCGCUGCGAGGAAACUGUCUCUUACCUGAGAUGGAGAUUUGAGUCGGGCCACGUUUGGAUCCAUGCUUUAAUUGCUACCGGGAUCUUGAGUAGAAUAUGGGCUAUUUCUCAAGCACUGGUUAGAGAAAGCUGCAACUGGUAUAGAUUGAUUGUCAAGUAUCUGCCAACACUGCAGCCGAGCAUGACUCCAUGGCUACCAGACAGCUAUAUCCUCCCUGAUGAUUUGGCAAAGUGGCUUGGUCAACCUUCCUACAUUCAAAGGGAAAAGCCUGGAGAGAUAGGAUUGGAUGAUGUGAAAGCAAAUGAUAAACCUCAAAAAUCGAAUGCUUCUUCAACUGUCAUUACUGAAGAUCUUGGAGUUGCAAUCUCUCGGGAAAAAUUUGAUUCAGGUACAGUCGCAGUUGCAUUAAAUCAUAAGAAGAAGAAGAGAAAUAAUCGACAAAAGUUCAAGAGGAAGAAGAAAUGAAGCUAUGUGUGAACAAUGUGAUGUGAUGCUUCCUAUGAUCUCAUCUCUCUUAUCAAACAUCUGGGCGAGUCCGGUCAAAUUAUCAAUCAAUAAACUGAAUACAACUUCAUAGUGCUUGGUUGUUGAAUGUAUUGUGGAAUCAUUGAAAUUCCCUUGUUCAAUUAUCCAUGUAAUAAAAAGAACUAUUGUUAUAUUAUCAAAUAAAUGUAAUGAAUAAUUCGGAU